UGCCCUCCCCCGAUUUCAAAAUAUUAUUGCUUGAUAAAACCCAAAACGGUUUUUAUAAUUAUAAGAAGACCCAUCCAUCUCUCUGGCAAAAACCAAAAAACACAAAAAAAAUCUUCUCCGCUCUCCUCCCUUCCGCUUAAUCUCACCCCCCUUGCCGAAAAUAAAAAAAAACCAAACUCUACUCUGCGAAAGCGCUUGGAAACCCUAGCACAACCUCAAACGAUCUGUCAAGUUUCUUAGGGAUUCUUAACGUUCGUCCCAUCUGUCUGCAGUAAGCUAUAUGAAAAUCUGAAGAUUGAUGUGUUUUGAGGUCGGUUGAGAUGGUCAGUUAGGUUUUAGAGGGGUUGAAGCCCCUUUCCGGGGAUUGAAGCUGGACCUUGAUGACUUAAGAGUUUUAUUAUCCCGCUUUCUGUCAAAUCUUAGAUCGAGUUUUAGGUAUUAGGCCGAUGAAGCGGUUAGGUUUGAUUGAUGUAGAUGGAGAAGCGAGUUAGUGAUUUGGAACCUUUGUCAUUGACCGCUAAACAAUAUAUUGGUUCUGGGGUUUGCUUGGUCUCGGCAAGAGAAAAGAUUACAGAAGCAUUUAGCUAAGAAUGUCUGUCGCGAAUGAGAAGUGGAUUGACGGCCUCCAAUUCACGUCACUCUUCUGGCCACCACCCCAAGAUGAACAACAAAAACAGGCCCAAGUCAUUGCCUACGUUGAAUAUUUCAGUCAGUUCACUUCUGAGGACUUCCCAGAAGAUAUAGCUCAGUUAAUCCAAAAUCACUAUCCUUCUAAAGAGAAGCAUCUUUUGGAUGAAGUUCUUGCUGUAUUUAUUUUGCAUCAUCCAGAGCAUGGUCAUGCAAUUGUUCAUCCUAUCCUUUCACUUAUAAUUGAUGGGAGAUUGGUGUAUGAUAGAAAUGACCCUCCAUUUAUUUCUUUCAUAUCCUUGGUGAGCCAAAAUGCAGAGAAAGAGUAUUCUGAGCAAUGGGCUUUGGCAUGUGGGGAAAUUUUGCGCAUUUUGACUCACUAUAAUCGGCCAAUCCACAAGGUCGAGCAUCAUAAUUCUGAAGCUGAAAGAAGCAGUAGUAGUAACUUUGCCACAACAAGUAAGUCUGAGAAAGAAACAUCUACUCUAGUUCAACAGGAGCAUGAUAGGAGGCCACUGCGACUAUUAUCUCCAUGGAUUACAGACAUAUUACUUGCUGCACCAUUGGGCAUUAGAAGUGAUUAUUUUAGAUGGUGUGGAGGGGUCAUGGGAAAAUAUGCUGCUGGUGGAGAACUAAAGCCUCCUACAACAGCUUCUAGUUGUGGAUCUGGAAAACAUCCUCAACUUAUGCCAUCAACUCCAAGAUGGGCUGUGGCUAAUGGAGCUGGUGUCAUACUGGGUGUUUGUGAUGAGGAAGUGUCUCGUUAUGAGACUGUGAAUUUGACAGCAGCAGCCGUCCCAGCACUCUUGCUUCCUCCUCCAACAACUCCUUUGGAUGAGCAUCUUGUCGCAGGGCUGCCUCCGCUUGAGCCCUAUGCUCGACUAUUUCAUAGGUAUUAUUCAAUUGCUACUCCAAGUGCUACACAGCGACUCCUGCUUGGGCUUCUAGAAGCACCUCCUUCAUGGGCACCAGAUGCACUUGAUGCUGCUGUGCAACUAGUUGAACUUCUUCGAGCAGCUGAGGAUUACGCAUCUGGCAUGAGGCUUCCAAGGAAUUGGUUGCAUUUGCAUUUCCUCCGUGCAAUAGGCAUUGCUAUGUCCAUGAGAGCUGGCGUCUCUGCAGAUGCUGCAGCUGCUUUGCUUUUUCGCAUACUUUCACAACCUACACUGCUUUUCCCCCCUUUAAGCCAUGCUGAAGGAGUUGAAGUCCAGCAUGAACCCCUGGUUGGAUAUAUAUCAUCAUACAAGAAACAGGUACUUGAAGUCCCCACAUCAGAAGCUUCUACUGAAGCAACGGCUCAAGGAAUUGCAACAAUGUUGUGUGCCCAUGGCCCUGAUGUUGAAUGGAGAAUCUGUACUAUUUGGGAAGCUGCUUAUGGUUUGCUUCCUCUGAGUUCCUCAGCUGUUGACUUGCCUGAAAUAGUAGUUGCAACUCCAUUGCAGCCACCUCCUUUAUCUUGGAAUUUGUAUUUACCUCUAUUGAAGGUUUUGGAAUAUAUUCCUCAAGGAAGCCCCUCUGAAGCAUGCCUCAUAAGAAUAUUUGUUGCUACUGUUGAAGCUAUACUCAAAAGAACAUUUCCUCCUGAAAAUUCUGCUGAGCAAUUAAGUAAAUCAAGAGCCCAUGGAAGCAUGUGGUCUCCCACUAAGAAUCUUGCAAUAGCGGAGCUUCAUACCAUGAUUCAUUCAUUAUUUCUGGAAUCUUGUGCUUCAAUGGACCUUGCAUCACGAUUGUUAUUCGUCAUGCUAACAGUUUCUGUCAGCCAUGAAGCUUUGCCGAAUGGUGGGAGUAAAAGACCAACAGAAUGUGGUAGUUAUUCUUCUGAAGAUGUUAGUGGGGAUCUACUUGUAAAUAGAAAACCAGGUACUGGAAACAAAAGUCGGAAAAAGCAAGGACCAGUAGCAACAUUUGAUUCUUAUGUCCUUGCAGCUAUCUGUGCACUGGCUUGUGAACUUCAGUUGUUCCCCGUGAUUACUAAAACUGGUCUUCAUACAGAUUCUAAGGGUUCUGCAAAAAGUACCAAACCUGCAAAAACUAGUAGAGUUUCUUAUGAGUUGCAUAAUAGCAUUAGGUUUGCUGUCUGUCACACUCGUCGAAUUCUUGGAAUUCUAGAAGCCUUGUUCUCAUUGAAGCCAUCUUCUGUUGGAACCUCAUGGAGUUAUAGUUCGAAUGAGAUUGUGGCUGCUGCUAUGGUUGCUGCUCAUGUUUCUGAGUUAUUUGGAAGAUCAAAAGCUUGCAUGAAUGCCCUUUCUGUUAUGAUGCGCUGCAAGUGGGAUGUAGAAAUCUCUACUAGGGCUUCUUCACUUUAUAACUUAAUUGACAUACACAGCAAAGUUGUUGCCUCCAUUGUUCACAAGGCUGAGCCUCUGGAAGCACAUUUGGUACAUGCACAGGUGCAAAAGGAUGAUCCAACAUGCCCAAGUGGUAGCCUAUCAGUUUUUGCAAGAAGUAGCACCUUUGAAUCUGAUGAUAUCCCAUGCUCUGAAUCUACCUAUAGUUCAUCAAAAAUUUCUUCAAAGAGUGAUAAAAGAAAUUUAUCUACUGACACUGUUACAGAGACAUCAGCUAAAAGUAUUUCAAGUCUAUCAGUGGAGGCUUCAGAUUUGGCAAACUUUUUAAUGAAAGAUCGCUACAUUGGUUUUAGUUAUGGUGCACAAGCUCUUCUAAGAUCUGUUGCAGAGAAACAGGAAUUGUGUUUCUCUGUUGUUUCAUUGUUGUGGCAUAAACUGAUUGCUGCCCCAGAAACAAAAAUGAGUGCAGAAAGUACAUCCGCUCACCAGGGUUGGAGACAGGUCGUAGAUGCAAUUUGCAAUGUAGUUUCAGCAUCGCCAACAAAAGCAUCAACUGCUAUUGUUCUACAGGCAGAGAAGGAUUUGCAGUCCUGGAUUGCAAGGGAUGAUGAGCAAGGACAGAAGAUGUGGAGAAUAAACCAUAGAAUUGUGAAGCUGAUAGUGGAACUCAUGAGAAACCAUGACACCCCAGAGGCACUAAUAAUUCUGGCAAGUGCUUCAGAUCUCUUACUCCGUGCUACGGAUGGAAUGCUUGUCGAUGGCGAAGCUUGCACCCUACCUCAAUUGGAGCUUCUUGAAGUGACAGCCAAAGCCAUUCAACUUGUUACAAACUGGGGACAACCGGGUGUUGCAGUUGCAGAUGGCCUCUCAAACCUGCUUAAGUGUCGCUUAUCAGCAACAAUCCGCUGCCUUUCACAUCCAAGCGCGCAUGUUCGCGCUCUCAGUACAUCAGUGCUUCGUGAUAUAUUGCAUGGUAGUCCAACCACGUCCUCCACAUGUCCGAAUGUAAAUAGGGUCAUUCCGGAUUCAGCCUACCAAUGCUUAAAUUUGGGCAUCAUCAGCUGGCGAGCUGACAUUGAGAAAUGCAUUCAGUGGGAAGCACAAAGCAGGCUUGCGAGUGGUCUAACACUUGUUUACCUUAGUGCUGCAGCUAAAGAACUAGGCUGCCCCGUCAGCUGAUGAGAGUAUGCUUUCUCUCUUCAGUCGUUAGUGGGUUACUUCUGAUCACUUAGACACGCACUUGAUAACCUAAUUCAGAUAAUUCAAUAAUGUGGUUUGCAGAACUUUAAAAAUAAACGUGUAGAUAAAAAGCCGUAGCCAAUCUCAAUUUUACGGAUUUGCGUGGUCUUAGCUA